AUGUCGUCCACUGCAAUUGAUCCUAAGAAGGCUUCCAUUGAGGAGCUGGACUUGCGUGGACCGGUCAGUAAGACCGACAAGAAGCUUUUGGCCGAGAGAAAAAAGCUUGAAGAACAGAAACGUAAGCCUCAUGAUUCCGCCUUUACUGGAUGGAAAGAAGUUGGUGGAUGGGAACGGGGCGACAUUCUGAGCUAUGAGGAGGAGAUCAUUGAUCUUUUGACGAAAUCCACGUUUUUGGACGAGUAUCUUCCGGAAGUGGCGUAUGGCGACUGGUAUCACACGGUUGCUAUUGUUAUUCUUGGUGGAUUUCUGUCGUGGCUUUUGGGUCGGUUCCGGUUUUCGCUUGGUCCUGUUUUCUUCAUCACUGUGGCUAGUGCCAUCUACUACCGGUCGUCCAUCAGAAAGUACAGAAUGUCCAUCAGACUCCAAGCACAGAGAGAAUUUUCUGUGAAUCAUAUUGAAGAUGAUUUCGAGUCGAUGGACUGGCUGAACGUGUUUUUGGACCGUUACUGGCGGUUUAUUGAGCCAACCGCUGCGCAGAUGGUCUGUGACCAGGCCAAUGCGAUCAUGGCUGGUCUGCCAAUUCCUGCUUUUGUCAAACAGGUUUGGAUCCAUACAUUCACUUUGGGUACCAAAGCUCCAAGAAUUGACAAGGUGCGUACUUUGGACCGUACUGAUGACGAUGUCACCGUGAUGGACUGGUGGGUCUCUUUGAACCCGAACGCUUUGGAAGACACCACCUCCAAACAGUUGAAGAACUACGUCAACCAAAGCAUUAUUGUCAAGGCCAAGCUGUUUGGGUUGACAAUCCCGUUUGCCGUUUCCAACGUUGCGUUCCAGGUCAAAGUCAGAGUCAGAUUAAGAAUGAUGCAGAACUUCCCGCACAUCCAGACAGUCAACGUCUCCUUGAUGGAGGCUCCUCACUUUGACUUCAUUGCCAAACCGUUUGGCGGAGACUCCAUUUUCUCGUUUGAGGUUCUUAACAUUCCUGGUUUGUUCAUGACCAUCAACGAGCUUGUCAAGAAAUUCGCCGGCCCAAUGGUGUUCGAUCCGCUGUCUUUCCAACUUAAUCUUGAACAAUUGCUGAACGGUAACGGUUUGGACGGUGCCCUGGGUAUCUUGCAGGUCAACGUCAAACACGCCAAGGGUCUCAAAGCAGCAGACACUUUCAACAACACUAUCGAUCCGUAUCUUACAUUCGGUUUCGGUAGCGAGGUUCUGGCCAAGUCCAAGGUUAUUCCAGACACCAUGGAUCCUGUCUGGAACGAGAAGAUUAACGUUAUGCUCAAGUCUUCUUCUGAGCCAUUGAACAUCACCUUGUACGACGAGAACGAGAGUGACGGCAGAAAGGACAAGAUGAUGGGAUGCGUUCUUUACGAUUUGGAAGAGAUCAUGCUCAAGGGAGAAAUCAGAAAUAUCAACCUGCCAAUUUUGAGAAACAACAGAGAAGCAGGCGAGGUUUCGAUCGAUUUGAAGCUGAUGAAGACUCUGCAAGGAUUCAAGUUGCCAGAUGGAUCGUACUCGCCACCUCCAGACCUUAACACUGGUGUUGUUGUUCUGAAACUGCUCGGAGCCAGAGCAUACAACGAGGACGACAAAAAGCCAGGAAACGUGUUUGCCGAGGUGUUGGUCGACAAAGAACUCAAGCUCACUUCGGGACUGGUCAAGAAGAGCAAGGAGGCUUCCUGGAACCUUACACACGACCAAAUCGUCUACAACCGGUCCAAAUGCAAGGUUAGAGUCAUUCUCAGAGACUCUGCCAAGAAGCUGGUUGGCUCGGCAACUUUCAAACUUACCGAUAUCAUUGAUGCAUCCUACGUUGGAAAUGAAUGGCUUUCGUUGACCAAGGGUUUGGGAGAGGUCAGACUGACCUGUAACUGGAGUUCUGUUGCCAUGACCGACGUGCCAGGCGCCAUGGGCUACACAGAGCCAUUUGGUGUUGUUCGCUUCAACAUCGGCAAGGCCGAGAACCUCAUCAACUUGGAGAAGAUUGGUGUUAUCGAUCCAUACAUUAGAAUUAUGAUCAACGGUAUCCAGAGAGGCAGAACAUUGACCAGAGACUCCACUACAAACCCGGUGUACAACCAGUCUAUCUACGUUCCUAUUGCUUCUCCUAACCAGAGAGUCACCAUUGAGGCUAUGGAUGUGCAAAGAUCCACUCCAGACAGAACCCUGGGUUCGUUCCAGGUCAGACUCAACGAGUUCAUCGAGUUUAACGACAACGGAGACCCAAUUGAGUCUUCUGGCGAGACUAAGGAGGGUCGGUUGGUGCAUCCUAAGCGUGGAGCCAAGGGAUCUGUGUCGUACUCGAUGUCGUUCUUCCCUACUCUUCCUGUGAUGACUCCAGACGACAUCUUGGAGAAGAAGAACAUCGAGAAGGCCAAGGCGGCCGGGGAGAAGAAAGAGCUGUCCAAGGAGGAGCAAACCCAAGAAAAGGAGGAAGAGGAAGAAUUGGAGGACGCCAAGCCUAAAUUGGAUCUUCCUCUCAGCAAGGUCCAGGACUACAGCUGUGGUGUUUGUGUUUUCACUCUUUUGGAAGGACAGUUCUCGAAAGACGGUUAUCUGCAGGUCUUCUUCGACAAGGAGGGAUAUCCCGAGUACGUUUCGCCAAAACUCUCGUCUCGUAACAACCGGAUCAAUUCCACUGGUGAGGCAUUGGUCAAGGAGCUCAAAUACUCUAUGGUGACGUUGCGGUUGUCUGAGAAAAAGAAUAGCAACUUUUUGCAGAAAGCUCUGGCCGAGGUGACCAUGCCAACGAUGGAGCUGCUCAACAAGACGUACGACCAGCCACAGGUGGUGAACCUGUCGAACGGCGUGAGCGUCAAACUGCAGACCAGAUGGACUCCAGUGCUGAUGGAGACACUUCCUGCGCAGGACUCGAUCGGAAACGCGGGCUCGUUGCGUCUACGUGUGAUCAAGGCCAGCGGUCUGCCUGCUGCAGACUCGAACGGCAAGUCUGAUCCAUUCACCAAGGUUUAUUUGAACGGGGACGACGUGAUGAAGACGAAGACCAUCAAGAAGACCCUGGAUCCGGAAUGGAAUGAAGAGGAGGAGUUCGAGGUGGACAACAGAGUCAACUCUGUGCUGCGGUUCAAGGUUUCUGACUGGGAUAUUGGUCUGGAACAGGACGACAAGUUGGGCGAGGUUAGUGUGAACCUGAGCGAGAUCGAUCCGUUCCUUGAAGGUGUGCAGGAGUCGAAGUUGCAACUGAUUGAUGACGACGGCCAGCCGGCGGGAGACCUGUACGUUGCGUUUGAGUUCAAGCCAUUCUACGUUACUGUUUUGAGUGCCGACAAACAGCUGCCUAACGUGGCAGGUUCGGCCGUAGAUGGUGCCGGAAAGCUACUGGGAACUGGUUUGGACGGAACUGGCAAGGUUCUGGGAGGUGCAGGCAAGGUUGGCGGCAAAGUUAUCGGAACUGCUACCAAUUUGUUCAAGAAGAAGAAAUAA